AUUUUUUAUAACUUAUGGAAUAUAUUGAAAAAUAGUUAGAAAAACCAAAAUGUGGAAAAUUAUUCUUUUUCUGUGCUUUGUAGUACGGAUAUCGAAGGGGCUAAUUGAAGGUAAUACUGCAGUUGUUCCCGAAGUGCCUCAAGACGUUGCAAUAAGUAAUAUCACCAGUUCAACAGUAGUCGCAGUCAUCACACCUCCAAACAAUACUCUAAUUGCUGUCACACAAUAUAUCAUAACAGUGAGACAAGAUAUCGAUGACUGCAAUUCAUUUAAUGACGCAAGUUGCCAUGAGAACGACCAGCAAACAUUCGCAGCUACAGCUGACAACAGAUACACAAUAACUGGCCUACAAGCCUACAGAAAAUACGUCGUCUCUGUGGUCGCCGUAUCUCUCGGUGGGAGAGGUGAAUCAAGUUCGAAUUUUACAUUUACUACGGCCGCUGGACGACCAAACCCUAUCUUUAAUGUAGUGACUGUAUCACUACCGAAAGUAAUUAUUGUGACGUUCAAUGUCGGAACCCCGAUUACUGGACCUACAACUCAUGGAGUAAUCUUGAUAGCGCCCGAUGGAUCAACUCGGCAAGCGGCGGUUCCAGCAUCUUUAUCAUCUUCGAUAUCUAUAACAGUUCCAAAUGUUGCAUAUAAUACUGUUUAUAAGCUUCGUAUUACAUCAUCCAUAGACGAUGUUGGUUCAUCUCAAUUACCACCAGGAACAACCGUUACAUCAGUACCUUCAAGUCCGUCAUUCACCGUGGCACGUGAUAGUGACGUUCAGCUUACACUGACAAUACAAGCUGUAGAUGGAGCAACAUCUUACUUGGUUUCAUAUAUACAGGCCAAUUGUCCCAACUGCACUGCUCAGACUUUAACGUCUACUAACACAACUGUGGUUCUGAGUGAACUCAUAGCAUAUACAACAUACAAAAUAUCUGCAUUUGCCGUAUCCGCAGCUGGAACCAGUUCAAGAACUACCUUAUCACAGCGGACAAGAGCAGGAAAUCCUACUCUCAGAGAUCCAAACUACACAACAUCUUUUACAAAUACGAGCGAUGAAGAGACGCACCCUCCCUAUUACACUGUCACAGUUAACAACGUAUGUGAGGAAAAGUCUGUUGUAUUUAAUGAAGAUACUGGAGUAAUUACAAAAAUGAUUUAUAUAGUUACUCAAAAUGGAUCAACAGUGAGCAUUGAUUUAUCAAGAUUUUGGGCAACUUCUAGUCAAGAAGAUGUUUCUUCUCCUUAUGUUUCUUUUACCGUUCGAUGCGAGAAUACCAGUAAUCGAAAAAAGCGUGCUGUUGUGGACAAUGGUGUAGUUAUUGGUGCUGACAAUACUUGCCAAACGGGUACGAAUACAGAAUGUAAUGGACGAUUGAAACCAGACACCGCCUACACUAUACGAGUAUGUGGUGCGAAUGAAGAUAACAAUUCAGUUUGUACUAAACCGAGUGUAGUUGUAAAAACUUCAUUACGUGAACUUACUGCAGGGGAAGUAGCUGCGAUUGUGCUUUGCUAUAUUCUAGUACUCAUUAUCAUCAUUCGUAUUACUGUAUAUUGUGUGGAAAGAAGGCGAUCUCAUAUUCGAAAACAUAGAGUAUCGAGAAGUGGAAAACAAAAUUCGGCAGUUGAUUUUACGAUGAGUCAACAAAAAGAUCAGUCGGAUUCAGCAGCUGAGCCUCAGACACAACACACUGAACCAGCAGUUGCACAACAGGGAGAAGAAUGACGGUCUGAAAGAAGCUGUAAUACUAAUCUACAAGCCAUAAAAAUUUCAGACAGAAUUUUUUUUUUAAAUUUACUAAAAUAACUUUAAUAUGAAUUAUGCUAACUAUUUGUUUUCUCGUGGAAAUUAAAAAUGGAAUUAUUUCAUAUAUCGUAAUAGCAUAUUCUCCAACAUGAACCAGCCAAUUUAAAGAAAAUGUAAGAUAAUUUAGAAAACAAUUUCAAAAAAGAAUGAAAGUAAAGAUGACAUCAAUAUUCGCACCUUCUGAUGUCAAAGAUGCGUUUCUAAUCUUUUCAUUCUCUUCAAGAUAUUUUGCAAAGUGGAAAUUAUUAAGAAAGCUUUGAUAAUGAAGUUGCAACUUGUGAAGAAUGACUGAAAUUAAUAUUGAUUAGUUUUAGGAUGAAAAUUUAAUUGAGUUUAUUUGGUAUUGUAUCAUAAUGAUAUCUGCAGUGAUGAAUAAUCAUGGUAAUUCCAAAAUAUAUUGUUCGAAGAUAAUACCUACAAAACAUGUUUGGCUAAUUCCAGUUUAUACCAUGUGAUAGACAAGAGAUUUUCUUGCUACAUAGAAAAUAACAUUUGGAUUAUUAGGUAAUCAUCCAUCCAAACAAUGCUCAGGACAAGAAUUCAAAUAAGACUGUGACUAAAUAGGGACCAGGUAUUACUACAUAUAAAUAUACAAACCUUUUGGUUUUUUGUUUUGUUGACAAAUCUGAUUUGAAAGUUCCAUUUUCAAAAUGUGGAAGCAAAAGUUCAUCAUGACUACUUGUCGGAGAGCUUUGUGAGCUGCCAAGUGGAGAUUCCUUCUGUAGAUCUCGGAAUA